CCAAUGCCACGGGAAGUCAGAUUUUGAUGUACCUCGGAGAAGGACCAUAUACUCUAAAAAAAACAUUACACUAUACAGUUUUCACUGAGCUGUAGGCCUCACCAAGCGUCGAUCUCACUUCUGAGUGAAGACUCACAAGCACGGAGACCUGGGUCACAGUCUGGCGAACACACAGCGUCAACCUCACCCAGGAAUUGUUUUGGGGGCCCAUGAAAAUAGAGUUGGAGUGAAAAGCAGUGCUGACUUGAUGCAGGCAGCCUCUCCGCACCGCGCAGGAACCCGUCAUUCUGUUAAAAUACGCUAGGGCGAGCAGCAGGGAGGACGAGCGGAGCAGCCGGGCACCGGGAGCCAUGGCGUGGGUGACGGGAGACCCCCUGGGCAUGGGCUGCGUGGCCAUUGACAUGCUCUGUCUGCUGCUGGCCUGGCUGCCUGUGAUCAUCCUCAACCAGCCAUACGUCUCUCCGUUCCACCGGGGGUUCUACUGCGACGACGAGAGUAUCCAGUACCCCUUAAAAGGGAGCACCAUCACGCACCAAGUGCUCUACGCUGUGGGCAUCAUCCUGCCGAUGGCCUCGAUGAUCGUGGGCGAGUGCGUGGCCGUGCGCUACCUCAAGCACCGGCCGACGUCGUUUGUGCACAGCCCGUACGUGGUGGCCCUCUACCGCGCUCUGGGGCCCUUCCUGCUGGGCAUGGCCGUGAGCCAGAGCUUCACCAACGUCGCCAAGUUCGCCAUCGGCCGUCCGCGCCCGCACUUCUUGGCCGUGUGCCGCCCCGACCCCGCGCUGCUCAACUGCUCGGCCGGCUACAUCACCGACAAGGUGUGCACCGGUGCCCCCGACGACGUCAUCGCCGCACGGAAAUCGUUCUACUCCGGCCAUGCCUCGUUCGCAAUGUACACCUUGAUGUACCUGGCCCUCUACGUGGAGUCUCGCCUGCGCUGGCGCGGCGCCCGCAUCCUGCGCCCCUUCGUGGAGUUCGUGCUGGUGCUCAUGGCCGUGUACGUGGGGCUGUCGCGCGUCUCCGACUACAAGCACCACUGGAGCGACGUCCUCGUGGGUCUCCUGCAGGGAGCCGCCGUCGCCUUCGCCACCGCGUUGCUCGUCUCGGACCUCUUUGUGGAUGGCUGGAAGCAGGGGAAGGUGCGGAGCGAUGCCAGCAAUGAAGUGGUGAGGGAAGACGAGGAAUCGGCGCGCACCGCUCCGCCCCUGGGCCCAGGCCUCGGGGCCGAAUCGCGGCCUGGCUACGGCGUGUGUCGGCGACCGGCUCCCAACGCACGCCUCGAGGAGGAGGAGGAGGAGGAAGAGUAGGGGGGAGGGGGCAGCAGCUGUGGGGUCACGCGACGGGGGCACGGUUCUUCCCCCCCAGGCCGAGUCCGACAGCUUUUUUCUGCCUCUACGUUUCCACGGUGGCCGGUUUGCUCGCCGCUGCCUCCCUGCAAACUUCACCGGUGCGCGAGGAGCUUGCUCGCAGCCUAUCCGUGCCGCAGUGACAUUUGCCCGCAGGACUGGCACCGGCGAAUGCACGGACGAGCGCGGAGUGGGCGCGGUCGCUACCUCCUUCGUCGCCAUCGCGGUCGCCGCCGUCCCUUGGGCAAACGAUCCUCGGGCAUUCGUCGUAAAUUUCAAUCGCCAUCGUCUGCACCGUUUCAUCAGCUUCGUCUUGGUCACUGCGUCUUGUUUUUAGUUUCUGAAGAAGCUGCCGUCACGUGGAGUCAAACGUCGGACAUCGUGCCAAACAACAUGGCGGUACGACCCGAAAACACAGCGGAGAGCUGGCAUACCAUGGUUGUCAUUAAAAGUCUUUUCACCAUUGUCAUGAUCAUCGUCAAUACGAUGAUUAUAAUCGUACGGUAAUAUGCACUGUACUAUGGACCACCUUACGUUCAUCAUCAUCGUCCUGAGUACAAGAUCAUCACUAUGGUCAUAAUUGCUACUCCUCAUCCUCACCAUAUUUGCUGUUUAAGCCACUCAUUUUUUUACCACUGGAGCUGUAAAGUGCCGACCCUAAAUCACGAGGUAGUUCCGCACGACGCUCCACCAGGCGGGCCGUGCGGUCGAGCGCUCCCAUCGACCGGUAGAGCGAGAAGCUGUCGUGGGGCCUCGUGUCCACUCCGUCGGACGCAGGGGCGGGCGGGGGGCCACGGGGUCACGGGAGGCGCAAUGACCCCUCUCGCGUGGGAGCGCGGCGGAGGUGGCUGAUGUCGGAGGAGUGGCCGUGAGUUUUACUCGGGGUCCCAGGAGGAACCACUGGUUGGGCUCGCAGCCACUUCUGUGGAAGAGACGGCCACAGCGCUGUGUGUGCGUGUGUGCUUUGUGUGUCUGUGCACAGACACAGUCCAAACGUUUUAAAAAUGUGAUUCGAAAGUAUGCCCCGACUCGAACAUUUUACAUUUUUAUUCUACUCUAGUAACUAACCGUCUAUUUAUGUACUAUCAUGUAGUGUUAUUGGCAUGUCAAAAUGUUAACAUCUAGUUAAGCCUAAUGGGCUUGUAUUACCAUUGUAUUAGCCUACAAUCUCAUUUUCAAGACGUUUUGACCGCCGCGAUGUGUAUAUAAGCGAAUCAUGCGUAUUAUUGCUUCAGUCCCACGAAUUUAAAAAGGUAAAUAAAAUUGUCUCUACUCUCAUUCCCUUGCUACCCAUGUUACUCGGCACCCACCUCGCGUCACGAGCACCCGGCCAGCCCCCCGUGACGUCCCAGCACCUGGCACGGGCACGCGGUGGCACCAGGGGCUCUCCCGAGCUCCCAUCGGGCAGGUUGAUGGCCUCUAGUCUGUGCUGACGCGGCUGUGGGACCGGGAGAGGAUGGGUGGUGGUGCGUUUGGCUUCGUGCUUGAACCGGAGCAAUUCACCGACCGACAUCCAUGGCCCUGCUAUUGUAUUAAUGGAGAGUACGGUUGCGGGGAUGCCUCUUGUUCACCCUGUGGUUGUUGUGUGGUUGGCUUGUGGUUGUGGAAUGUGACUGCAAUGUAUGCAAGGAUGCGUCUGCUGUGCAUUCCCUUUGUGCAGUGUAGUUUAUGGAAUGUGUUAAUCUGAACUCCUUUGGUCCUGGAAUGUGGGUAUGAAUGCUUUGUGAUUGUCUGGCCUUGUCACGUGGCUGUGGGCAACUGGGUUUAGGGGCAACUUGCAACUCACAUUGGUACCUGUAUCACGAUUCUCAUCACAAUGCCUACAGUCAUGAGAUCACCGCCUGACUAAUCAAGGGUUGAUACAAAGUCCUGAUGGCAUUGGAAUGUCAGGAACAACUUCAAAUGUGCUCUUAUUAAAAGAAGUCUGCCUUAACUUUGACUUCCCAACAGCCUAAAAUUCUGUGGUGGUGGAAAUAAUUUACGGCAAAGUAUUUUUGAUUUCAGUGGAGACCUGGGUAAAAACACACAGGGUUCGUGAUAGUGUGGAGUACAAAGUGUGGAAAAAUUAAUGUUGCAUUUUUUUACCUAUAAAAUACGUUACUAACAGAUGUACAAUGAUGACAAUUGGGAAUAUUUGGGGCUGAACAAGACUUGCAGUGGUUGUUGGGCUGGUCGUACGUGCCAACCAUGUGUGUUUCGAUUAAAAUGCCCUGGAAGAAUUGAGCAGGGAAUUUGAGAUAUUCUCUCCUCGUGGCCUCCGUCAGACCUGGAGACGGUUUCAUGCCAGAUGGUGGUGGGAAUAUUUGACCAUCGAGUCGCUUGGAGAUCAAACUCCUUUCUGAUAUGCGAUUGUUGUUGCCUAAAUUAUUGUUCUGCAAGUGCAUGUACAUUUCUACUGGAGGGAGAGACUCUAUGUUUAGCCAGGGAUCGCGUAAUCAUGUAUAUGUACCCUGUCUUAUUGAACCACACAUUAUUAAUAUAACAAUAUGGAAGGUCCUGAUCCCCAGUUGUGGACAUGCAUGCAUAUUUAAAUCGCUAUUUUAAGCAAUAGCAACAACAACAAACGAUUAUCUUGUUGCAAAAAAAAAUGAACCGGGCUGCCCUUCGUCAACGUGGAAGCCUCCCCACAAACAACCUCCCCAUCCCCCACCUCCUAGGGUCGCAGCCACCAAUCCCCACAGAUGAUCGCAAUCGGAGGUCAGCGGCCGGAUAGCAGCCACGCAAUGACUGGCUCACCCCACCAGCGAUUGGAUUAAUUGUCACGAUUCAGGGAUUUGACUUUAAUUUAAGAAUAGGUUAUUUUUUUGUCUCGUUUUUGCCAGACCGAUUCGGUCUCCGUUUGUACAGUUCUGUUUGCUUCAUUCAUUUGCUACUACUUAGAAUAAUAAUUUGAAUGUUAGGAAUUACUUUAAGAAAAUAAAGUAAAUGAUUUCACGA